AAGAUAGAAUGGGAGAAGAGAAUUCAAAGAGGAAGAGUUCAUACACCAAAGACACAAUCAUCUCGGAAGAAUUAUCUAAGGAGGACGUUGCUCUUGUUGAUAUCCUCUUCAUGCACGUGCUACAGGACGGUUACAACAUUCCACCUCAAUAUCAUGAUGUUAAGGACUUCUUCUCUCAAUUCAUUCGCAACUGCCUCAAGCUCCACAGUAUCCACCCUGGAAAAAUCUCCUGCAUUCUAUCUGUCAAACCUGCAAUCUUGAAUGCUUAUCGUACCUUGCAUGGAGGAGCAAUUGGAGCUGUCGCCGAGAGGGUGUCAAUUGCCUGUGCCAGAACUGUUGUAGGAAAGGAUAAGGAACUCUUUCUUGGAGAAUUGAGAAUGUCAUAUCUUUCUGCUGCUCCAUGCAAUAAUGUUUAUCGUACCAUGCAUGGAGGAGCAAUUGGAGCUGUCGCCGAGAGGGUGUCAAUUGCCUGUGCCAGAACUGUUGUAGGAAAGGACAAGGAACUCUUUCUUGUAGAAUUGAGAAUGUCAUAUCUUUCUGCUGCUCCAUGCAAUGCAGAGGUGGUCGUAGAUGGGUCGAUCAUUAAGAGUGGAAGGAACAUAACUGUAGUUGCAAUUGAUUUUCGGCUCAAGGACUCGAGGAAAUUGGUCUACACCUCUAAUGCCACAUUCUAUCACAUGCCUGUAGCAAGUUUAUGAACUUCAAUUCAACACAUUACGUAGAUACAUUUGCUAAACCCGUUCAGCAGCUCCAGCUCAUGUACAAUAGCAAAUCAUUGAUAUAAUCUCAAGACUCAUAUCUGUAAUCACCAAAUCAAUAUCUCGUAUUAUCUGAAAUGCCCUUAGUUGUCUUCUGUAUCUUCUUUGCAACUAAGCGUUGCUUGUUGGAAUACACAAUUGAACCAUGAAUUAUUGAAAGAGAACGAAGUGAAAAAUCAUGUACAUCAAUCUUGUAUAAGCUGUGUCCAAUGAAACUCAACUUUAACUGCAGUGCUGUAUUACUACUUAAUACUGUAACAAUGACAAUGAGAUGACACAGAUCUUUCGAAAAACAAAAA